UGUUGAUUGGGCAGAUAUCACAUAUGGAGGACCAGGAUGGAAUAUUUACAGGGGUUAAAGUGAAACUUGCUUUAAGGCGGUGCAUUUGUUGAGAAAUUCAGGGUGUUGGUUGUAACUUUGAAUGAGUAUGGGCAUUUAAAGAAGGAUGAGGGUUUCGAAGAUAGUAGGCCUCAUUUUUCUUCUCUUCUGCUCAAUUUUACUUGAGAUAUUCUCUGAGUUUGUAUAUGCAACAACCGUCUGCAGCGAUCAGAUCAGUUCUCAACGAUCAUUCUGUUUAGGUCUUGAACCUGUGGCUAUCAGCUUGUUCACAUCUGGUUUCUUCAUCUCGUUCGUGAGAUCGUUUGUAUCCGGUUGUAUUAUUUCUUAAUUCUUUCUUUUAUUUGUUGUAUCUAGAUCAACUGAAUAAUCAGUCGAUCUAGAUUUGUAUUGUUCAUAAGAUCUUGUUGAAUGUAAGAUCUAGGGUUUCAGUUGGGGUUUUUCGGUUUGGGUAACUAAUAAGAUUUUCAGUCACGUUUUGUCGCUUCUCUUGUAUUCUGGUGUUUGUUUCUAUAUUGUUUCUUUGUGUUUAGUUGAACAAUCAUACCAUUUUGACAAAACCCCCCUCGUAUUGAUAUUUAGAAUCGCUAUAAAUGGCGCCUCCAAUAACCUUCAAAACGCAACACAACUAGACACUUGGUUAGUAGUUGGUUUACAUCUCAAUCUCAAAUGGAAGUUAAACACGCCCCAACCAUCAAAUUCCUUUGCAGUUACGGCGGUAAGAUCCUCCCUCGUUAUCCCGACGGCAAGCUCCGUUACCAUGGUGGCCAAACCCGAGUCCUCGCCGUUGACCGCUCAAUUUCUUUCUCCGAAUUAUUGAUGAAACUCGGUGAACUUUGCGGAACGCCGGUAACUCUAAGGUGUCAAUUACCGACGGAGGAUUUAGACGCGCUUGUUUCGAUCACAUCCGACGAGGAUCUAGCAAAUCUCAUUGAGGAAUAUGAUCGAACAGUUGACGCGCACUCUUCAUCGAACCUCAAAAUCAGAGCAUUUCUCUGGCUUCCAAAGAAGUCCUCACCUAUUCCUUCACCACCCAGAUCUCCUACCACCAGGAUAACUAAUUGCAACCAGCAGAUGUUAAAACCACCGGGAAAACUUCACUUCCGGUAUAAUAAGUCUGCCGGAAAUCUGUUACGUUAUGCGUGUGAAAAUUCAACCCAAAGACACCUUGUUCAUAGUGGUAAUUACUGUCAAUAAGAGUUUUACACGUGGCAUGGGAUCUUGAUUGGACUUUUGUUGUAGAAGGUAAAUAGAUCGAAUUAGUACAUCUGAAUAUAGGCGAAGAAGAACAAUUCAACAAUGGACGUAUUGAAAAGUUAUAAAAAAAUAUAUAUACGUGUGCUAUAUUGAGUGGUCUUUGAAUGAAUCUAUGAUUUGGAUCGGA